GCUCGCUCCUCCCUCGCCGUGCGUCGCGCUCCUCGCUAGUGGGCACAAGUCCCUUCGCGCCGUCGCCUGCUCCGAAGCAGCGCUCGCUCGCGUGUGUGUGUGUGUGUUUAGUCCGUCCGACGCAAAGAUGCUGUGGGUGACGAAGUGGGCGCUGAUGGCGCUGCUGGCGGCGUGGACGGUGUCCGUGCUCGCCAACCCGGCCAUCAAGGAGAUCCGGCCCAAGUCCAACCGGCCGGGCCGCUUCCUGUCGCUGCCGCAGCCGCAGAAGUGCGCCAACAGACCGAAGGAGUUCUUCUUCAACGGACACAACUACUUCUACACCGGCCACGUGCCCCAGUUCCGCAACGUCAAGUACGACUGGCUGGACGCCAGGAACCUGUGCCGGGAGUACUGCAUGGACCUGCCUUCGUUCGAGACCCAGGAGGAGAACAACCUCAUCUUCAGGCUGAUCCAGCAGAACGACGUGCCCUACAUCUGGACGUCGGGCCGCCUGUGCGACUUCAAGGGCUGCGAGAACCGUAGGGACCUGGAGCCCAAGAGCAUCUUCGGUUGGUUCUGGUCCGGCACCCGCGGGAAGAUGGCGCCCACCAACCAGGUGCCCCCCGGCUGGGGCUACAACCCCUGGUCGCAGACGGGCCACAAGAAGGUGCGCCAGCCCGACAACGCCGAGUUCGACAUCAACGGCACCAACGAGUCGUGCCUGAGCGUGCUCAACAACGUGUACAACGACGGCAUCGGCUGGCACGACGUGGCCUGCUACCACGAGAAGCCCUUCGUCUGCGAGGACAGCGACGAGCUGCUCAACUACGUGGCCGCCACCAACCCCGGCCUCAGGCUGUAAGGCGCCCGCCUUUUGCCGUUUGCUGCAAUCAAAGUUACCAAAACGCGCGUCCCGUCGCGGGCAGGAAAGGUGAGACGGACUGACAAAAAAAAAUGAAAAUAAAACACUUGCGUCUGGCCUUCCCUGGCCCGCCACGCUGCGCCACGCCCACGCGGUGCCUGCGUCUCCUGCGUGCACUCCGUCCUGCACUCUGUUGCCGCGGGGUGUGCGCGAGCCGCGGGCCGCGUUCAUGAGACUACCGAGUAGCGAUGUGACACCCGUGACACUGUCGGCAUAGUUCCAAAGCAUCGUGCAGUGCCGUUCCCCAGCGACACCGCAAUGCCCAGCCUAACCCCCGUUCAAGUAGUGUCUGUGCGUGGUCGUUAAUCCAUUUUUACAGUCCAUGUUUAAGGACACUAUUGCAGAGCAGCUCCAUAGUCACUCUGUAUAAAAUGGGCCAUAUCCUGGCCCGUUUUAUGCUGAUGGGAUGCCUGUAAUUUCAAGUCACCAUAUCCCACCGCUGCUCUAAAGGAAAGACUUCUUAUCUUCUUUUGAUUUGUUUGGCAAUAGUUACCUUAAUUUUUAAACUGUAAUGCUAAAUAAUUAGAAUUGAAACAACUUUUUGUACUUUCUUUGCUUUUGUGACCAAUGGUUUGUGUGAUGAGAAGAUCUCAUGGCUAGCAUUGUUCAAGUCCAGAAUGAUUUUAGCUCAUGCUUAUAAGGACAAAUGGGUUCUUCAGGUAAAUAAUGAGCAACAUGAUAAUAUAUUUUGUAUUUAUUGACAUACUAUGUACCAAGUGACGUGUAAUUAGAACAGGAAUAAAAACCGAUGACACAACA